AGAGGCAACGCCGUAAUGACACUAAGUGGCGGGGCCGGGAAGCGGGGGCCCCGUGAUGUUCUACACUUCAAGAGCAGGAAUCUGUGAAGGGCUGGCACUUGGAGAAACCAAGAGACGGCUGGGGACAUCACACGUACUGGGCGGGAGGCGACAGGAGGAGGCGCGCCAGACGGAGGGUCCUUCCUCGGGAGCUCCACUCGGUGGCUCCUUUUCCGUUACCACCACCGCGAGGAGGGACCUGCCAGGCCUUCCGCGCGGCUUAUUUCCUGCCUGAUAAAGAGCCCGCUGCCAUUUGGAUUUGCUGAAGCUCUGAAUCACUCGAGACGAGACGCCUGAUGAUCCCGAGGAGGGUGGGGACGCAGCGCGCUAGGGUGGGAGCCGCAGUCCGGCGGCAUCCGGGCUGGAUGUCACCCCCUGGCGCCUGGGAAACCUGCUCGCGGAUGUGAUGCUGCAACGCGGGGACACCUGCGCUCCCGGUUCAGCCCCAGCGCUCGCUCAGCCGCCGCGAGCACCCGGAGGGACGCGAGGCAGCCGCGCGGCCCCGAGCUGGGCAGGGUCCCCAGCCGCCAUGGAUAGCGACGAUGAGAUGGUGGAGGAGGCGGUGGAAGGGCACCUGGACGACGAUGGAUUGCCGCACGGCUUUUGCACAGUCACCUACUCCUCCACGGACAGAUUCGAGGGCAACUUCAUUCAUGGAGAAAAGAAUGGAAGGGGCAAGUUCUUCUUCUUUGAUGGCAGCACCCUGGAGGGAUAUUAUGUGGACGAUGCCCUGCAGGGCCAGGGAGUUUACACUUAUGAGGAUGGAGGAGUUCUCCAGGGCAUGUAUGUAGACGGAGAGCUGAAUGGGCCGGCCCAGGAGUACGACACAGAUGGGAGACUGAUCUUCAAGGGACAAUACAAAGAUAACAUUCGGCAUGGAGUGUGCUGGAUAUACUACCCAGAUGGAGGCAGCCUUGUAGGAGAAGUAAAUGAAGAUGGGGAGAUGACGGGAGAGAAGAUAGCCUACGUGUACCCUGAUGAAAGGACAGCCCUGUAUGGAAAAUUCAUCGAUGGAGAGAUGAUAGAAGGGAAGCUGGCUACUCUUCUGUCCACUGAAGAAGGAAGGCCUCACUUUGAACUGAUGCCUGGAAGUUCGGUGUACCACUUUGAUAAGUCAACUUCAUCUUGCAUUUCUACCAAUGCUCUUCUUCCAGACCCAUAUGAAUCAGAGAGGGUUUAUGUUGCUGAAUCUCUCAUUUCCAGUGCUGGAGAAGGACUAUUUUCAAAGGUAGCUGCGGGACCCAGUACUGUUAUGUCUUUUUACAAUGGAGUCCGAAUUACACACCAAGAGGUUGACAGCAGGGACUGGGCUCUCAACGGGAACACGCUCUCCCUUGAUGAGGAAACGGUCAUUGAUGUGCCUGAGCCCUACAACCAUGUAUCCAAGUACUGUGCCUCCUUGGGACACAAGGCAAAUCACUCCUUCACUCCAAACUGUAUCUAUGACAUGUUUGUCCACCCCCGGUUCGGGCCCAUCAAAUGCAUCCGCACCCUCCGAGCCGUGGAGGCCGACGAGGAACUCACCGUUGCCUACGGCUACGACCACAGCCCCCCAGGGAAGAGCGGGCCAGAAGCCCCCGAGUGGUACCAGGUGGAGCUGAAGGCCUUCCAAGCCACCCAGCAGAAGUGAAAGGCCUGGCUCCGGGCCUCAGGGGACCUGGAAUAGAAACUUGGAUCUAUGCACUACGUUUAUCCGACAACGGGACAACCAGGGACUGCUCAUGCUGUGACAUCACACCCUCUCACUCUGCGUUCGCUCCGACUUUCUCGAAUACUAACUAGGUCUGACUGUAUUACUCAUACCAGAUUUAAAAUUAGCUAGCCUCGCAACAACACCCUCCUGAGAGGUACUGUCGAGCACUUGACAGAAGACAGCAUGAUGUUCUUGGGUGGUUCAAGUCUAAAUCUGUACCGCUUCAGAGAUGCCAAAUGAUUAGACUGAAAAAAGGGAAAAUAAGGGGGUUUUUCAGUCAUUUUUAGUCAGUGGGUUUUCCAUGAGGUUUAUUUCUAUGGCCAAUGCAAAUUGUGCUGCCACGCUUGCAUAUGCGCCAUACGAAGGGGAGAAUUACUACAUUUUUAUUCUCUAAAUGUAGUAUAAUUUGCCUUUUAACCUUUGAUCUGUCUCUUGCAAUAGAAUGGCUUUGUUUUUUCCCCCCUAGUGAACAGAACCCCACUUUUGGGGUCAGUUCACCCCUUAGUCCUCUUCUCUCUCUUAGGUAUCUUUCACAAGAGAAAACUUCCAAACAGAUUCCGUGUCAGCGCCAGCGUGUAGGUCUCUCUGGCUCUUUCUAUCAAUCUGUCAUUGUUUCGUUAUUAUGUCCUAAUAUAAAGACCUGGCUCCUAGGGCCAGGCUAUUAUUAUAGAAUUAUUAUUCUCGCAUGUAAACAAAGAUAUCUUUGCUUUAAGAUGUGAGAAGAAAUGAAUUUACUUUGUUUGCAUUAAGUUAUGGAAGAGUUGUAAUAUAUACUUUAAGGAAGAAGAGAGGGAAAUUAGUAUUUCUAAGCAGUAACUGUGGCGAUUCUGCAGUAUCUUCAAUAGUGCUAGUCAUUUUUUUUCUCCUUAGAUACACAUUAAAUGUACAUAACAUAGAGCAGUCUGGCUUGUGGCGCAGUGCAUUGAAUUCAAAAGUCAAAUAGCCAACUUGAAUUCUAAUCCAGAAUUUGAAAGUCCUUUGUUUCGUUUCUUUUUUAAAUCGCUACUAUUAAGAGAGACGUACUGAUCACUAGGUACAAAUCAAACCUUAACCGCUAAAACUCAUCAUUGUAAUUUCAAAGCAUUUACCUGCUUCUAAGCCUUGUGAAUUAAGAUUAACACCUGUAUAGUUUAAAAGCAACAGUAUCGAUAGCAUUUCAGUCAUUUUGCUAGCCAUGUGUAAUCACAACUGCAGAAAUAAAGAGAAAACCCCCUAUUUUUUAGUUUAGCUAAUUAGGUGUGUAAUUUAACUGGGAUUGCUCUGAAUGGAGUCUGAGAGUUUGGGGAUUAUGGCAAGCGCCCUCGCCGCAUGCCACAGCUCUGCCUUCCCUAGAUGCCUCGCUGUGGAGCUGGGCGUCUAGAGAUUAACAUUUGUUCCAAGUCGCAGCUGUCAGCGGCAGGGCACCUGUCACCAAGUCAGUCUGGUCUUGAAAGCUGAAGCCUUCCACGCUGUAGCUCCUGUAACUAGGGAAGGCUCAGAAAGCAGAAGAGAAACAGGCAGGAGGAAGUUUUCUGUUUUGUGUCAGUUACACGUGCUCUUGGAAGAACUUCACAGAAGUGCUUGAACCAGGGCUGCUCACAGCUUUCAGUUCUGGCAGUUUGCUCCAGGCACAGGAUUCAGCCUUUCCCUCUGGCAGGCUUUCCCAGAGCCCCUGUGUCCCCCCCGGCAGAGUGGCUAAGUGGCCUUGGUUUCAGGGAGAUAUGCUGCUGGUUCGCUUGUGAGAAGUUCUGAGGGCUGCCAGAAAGAUCUUCCAGGAAGGGAGCUGAGAAGUUUUCAGAUUAAAAGGCACCAGGAUAGGAUCGCUUCUAUUCUGUAGAAAGAGACCGUUCAGUGAACUGUGACAGACGGACGGAGUCUUGGGACUUGUAUUCCGACAGGUGCUUUCAUUCAGACGUGUCCCAAAGUGAGUGACUGUCUCCAGAGAAAGAUGGCUUGAACUAACCCUGGUCGGUGGCGUUGGGAGUGAGGUCAGGGGGAAGCCUGGCACAGGACCGACCCCAUAGCAAGGACUUCAGGCUGCCCUGGGGUGUCAUUUCUAUAUCAAUGGGCUACCCCCUUCAAAUGGAAUUUCUCUUUUCUUUUGAUAAAAGCUAUUGAAGUGAAUUACAUAGUAGUGAUUAACCAGCACAAAUCCAUUUUUCAGAUGAGAUCGUGAAUGACAACACUUUGAGUUCAGAGCCUGGCGGUGUGUCUGUGACAUUCAGACACAUCAGAGGAGGCAGUGCCCCAUCCCGAGCCUCUCUGCAUCUCUGGGCUCUUCUUUCUCCUGCCCUCCGCUUUCUUCUCUCUCUGUCAUCUGUGAGAAUGCCCUAGUGUGCCUACAUAACAACCUGCCAGCUGAUCCCCCCCUCCCACCAGCUGAUCCCCCCCUCCCACCAGCUGAUCCCCCUCCCACCAGCUGAUCCC